AUGAUUCAUGCUUUGAACGAAGCAUUAUCGAAAUUAUGGAAUGUACCUGAAAGUGAAGUGCCUAAUUUAUUGAAUAUUGAGAAGAACUUAUGCAUGGUAGAUGAACUUUUGAAGCCAUUUUUAGAACAAAAUGAAGAAAGUUUCGGUGGAACUUAUAUUAAUGUAAAAAGGAAUAUAAUAAUUAUCAUGAUAGUAGAUGAAACAAAGAAGGAUAUUAUAUUAAAUUCACCUGAUAUACAAACGCAUAGAGAGUUAUUAAUAUUUGAACUAGUACAAAAUUCUCUAUCAUCCUUAAAAAACACGUCAACGCAAAUAGUCGCAAAUUCGCGUCAACAUCGUCCAAUUGAUGGAUUUAUGUACAUUGACAUUGAAGAAAAUGACGUUAUCUUAUUUAUGCCUCUUAAUAUCGAUGAACGUAAUAGAUCGUCUAUCGUUGAACGUAAUAAACCGUUUAUAGACUCUAUCAUACAAUAUAACCCUGUUAUACGUUUUUACGAGGUGCUCGUGGAAGGACAACCUUCUAGAAAACGACCUCGUAAUUCGACUGACACCAAGCGUGAUAUAGGUCGACAAAUAAUAAAUGGGGAUGCUAUAUAUAAUAUAGGUAAAAAUUCUAGAUGUACAGCGGGUUUUUGGGUAAUAGAUGAAAAACAAAAUAAUUAUAUUGUAACUGCAGGACAUUGUAUUAAUUUCAAUAAUACAAAUCCUAUUCAUAAUAUUUUUUGUGUGAAGCCGUUGAAUUCUUCUGAAAGUGAUGGAUUGUCAUUUAAACAAGAAGAUGCAAUUGGCCCAAUGAUAUUUCAUGAUUUGGGUUAUUCUUUACAUCUUAAUUAUGUUACCGAUGAUUUGAUUGUUACAACUUUUAUUGGUGCUAAAGGCGAUAGUGGCGGUCCUGCGUUCUAUUUACGGGAUUUACCUUAUGUGAGUCUACAUGGCAUUAUCAUUGCGGGCGGCAAAUCUGGAGAAUGGGGACAUUUGACUUUUAUUGUAAAAACAGAUUAUAUUAUUGGUGCAGCUGAUAGGACUAUUGAAUUAGGUGGUUCGUAA